AUGUCCACAAAAAUCAAAUGUCCAGCUCCUUCUCUGCUUCACUCCUCUACCUACUCCUCUGUGCCAUCUAUCCUCUAUGUUUACACAUUUGGGAUUGUCCAGGCUCAACCUAAAGCACUUGGACAGCAUGGAGAGACUUCUCAGACUCCACGUGAAGACUUUGCAGCUAGAUCAGACAAAAAUGCCAGGGCUGAGGAAACUCAAAUGGCAACCAAAACAGAUGUUCUGGAGAUGAUCUCUGAGUUUAAGGCCAUAAGAGAUGAUCUGAUGACCCAACUUCUUGCAGUAAAGCGGAAAGUUGCAGGCUUGGAAGAGCAGGAGGAGGAGGAGGUGGAGGAACUGGUGGAAGAAGGGGAACUCGUAUUUUUGUCUCUGUUACAUUUUGAGAUUCAGGAGCAAUCUUCACAUCUUGAAACAUCAGUGGAAGAGCCUCUGACAUUCUUAAAAACUGAGGCACUAGUGCAAUCCUCAAAUCUUGAAAUACUAGGGGAACAGAAGCUUCCAUCCCUAUUGAAUACCGAAACUGAGGUUCACAUCUCAGAUCUGAACAUAAGAGAUGCAGAGAAAACUUCACUCUCGAUAGAUACUGGGUUGAAUGUACCAACAAAGAACAGGAGCAGAAAUCUAUCUGUUCUCUUCAGUCUUCUGGAUAUUCCAGCAGCGCGUGAGGAACCCUUGACUCAAAAGCAAAUAGCAGCAUUCAAAGUUGUCUUCAAGGUUUUCAGCAGCACAGAGGGUAGCAUUAAGAUGUGUAUCCUGAAGCUGAUUUUGCACAGUGUGGGGAUUAAUGUAACCCAUCAAGAAAUCUGUGAGGCACUGAAUCGUGCUGAUAUUGAUGGUGAUGGGCAGGUGAAUUUCACAGACUUUGUAACCUUUCUGAGAGAUGACCAGCACUUUGCUCAAUCUAUGGUUCGGCCCAAAGAGAGCAUAAUACAUGACCCUUCUAGCGUAGAGACUCUCUUCUUUGAAGUUCUUACAAAGCUAGUGGAGACGUCAGCUCUGCCGAUGAAAUCAGAGAGGGAAGUUGUAAGGUGUGAAAUGACUGAUCACUGCAUCUAG